AUGGUGAAACUGAGCUGCUCUGGCUCAUCGAUAUGGGCUCUCCCCGCGAGCAUUCGCUGUCUCGUGCGAACACGCAUUGCUCCUGGACGCUACUACUCCUCCGCAGGUCAGUCAACCUCGCUUACCCGCUUUGCCCGUUCCUUGCGCCACGAGCUGUCGAGCUCCGUCUGCAAUCUGACAUUCGUGAUCUCGCCAAUGCCUCCCACCAGCCUACCAGCAGCGGCCACUGCGGAUUGCAGCCAGCUCUCUUCCGCCGGAUGUAAUGGGCGGCUCGCUAACUGUCCGGUGGAGUGAACAGAUGCGCUGAGCAUAGGCGGCAACACCUACCCCGCGGAUAGCUGGACCAACGUGCCACCUUCCAUCCUAGAGCACUAUGGCCGCAAGUUGCAUGUGCAGCCCAAUCACCCAUUGUCGAUCACCAGGAAAUUGAUCGAGUCGCGCUUUCCGGGCUUCCAGAAUCACAAUGAGCUGACACCCGUCGUGACUGUGGGUCAAAACUUCGACUCACUUGGCUUUGCGGCAGACCAUCCUGGACGCAGCAGAACUGACACGUACUACGUGAACAAGGACACUGUUCUGCGAACGCAUACUACAGCGCAUGAGCUUGACGUCUUUCGCGCGAAUGCCAGCAACGGCUACACCAUCUCAGCGGAUGUGUAUCGCCGCGAUGCUGUAGACCGGAGUCACUAUCCUGUUUUCCAUCAGAUGGAGGGCGCUUUGACCUGGGACCGAAAUGCCUUCCCCGAAAGUGCUGCACUUGUAAAGCAGAUACGCGAUGAUAUGGAGAAACUCCCCAAACACGACUUGGUGGUGGACGACCCUGACCCGACCUUCCACCAAGUACGAAAUCCUCUUCAAGCCGAGCAUCACUCUCCCGAAGAAGCCGAGGCCGUGGCUGCUCACCUAAAGCGAUCUCUGGAGGACAUGGUCGUUACGAUAUUCACCGAGGCAGACAAGGCGCUCGCUGCAGCUGGAAAUGGUGCAGAAGGCGAACAGGAGCCACUGAAGGUCCGCUGGGUCGAGGCCUUCUUUCCACAUACCUCACCAUCCUGGGAACUUGAAGUCUGGUGGCGAGGCGACUGGCUGGAGGUGCUUGGAUGCGGCGUCAUUGAUCAGCCGCUCCUGAUCAAAGCAGAUGUUCCCUCAAGGAUAGGAUGGGCUUUUGGUAUUGGUCUCGAAAGGAUUGCAAUGCUCCUAUUUGGCAUUCCAGAUAUUCGUCUCUUUUGGAGCCAGGAUCAACGUUUCCUAGGCCAGUUCGAUGAGAAUCAGCCCCUCAAGCGCUUUCAGCCAUUCAGCAAGUAUCCAGCAGCACCCAGGGAUGUAGCCUUUUGGCUGCCUAAGACUGGACCAGUCGUCGCCGGGACACCCGCAUCGGGAUCGACUGCACCGUCGCCAGCUGGAGGGCAACCUACCGAGCCGCCCGUCACCACAGACGCGCCGACCUUUCACGAAAAUGACCUCAUGGAAGUCGUACGAAACACUGCGGGUAAUAGCGUUGAAGACGUUACCUUGAUCGACAGCUUCAAGCAUCCCAAGACCGGAAAGCAGAGUCUCUGCUACCGCAUCACGUACAGGAGUCUUGAGAAGACGCUGACGAACGAGGAGGCUAACGCGCUGCACGAGCAAAUCCGGCAAGAACUGGUCAGUCGGUUCGAUGUUGAACUGAGGUGA